GAGCAAAACUGCAGUGUUGAACACGGACCUGCUGGCUGACCUGACAACGAUAAGGCCUAAACGGGUGACGCGCCGGAGUUGUGCCCCUCUAUUACCAAGGGGAUUAGUUCUUACUUACAUUAACUCCGAGCGAGCUGAGAGAAAUCUGAUUUUCAUACCAAUGAAUGGCUGGCUACAUCAACAUUUAACAUGACUACCUAAAAUGCUGAGUGAGAAGUUACGUUAGGUGCACAUUACUACAGUUCCUAAAAUUCCACGUAGAUAAUUGACACGUCUGACCUUCUGGUCCUUCUCCUAUAUUAUUUCUGUCAUCCCAUGACUUUCUUCUCCCGGGUUCUCUUUCGAAGAGGACCUCCUCCAAUACGCCCCAAAACACAGUUCUCAAAGAUGUCUUCUAUGGGGGGUGCUACCGUCGCCCUCUCGAUGGGAACAUAUUAUAGUGCUGUCACUUUACAUCCACCGCAACCAGCCGAGGCCCAAGAAUUCGACCCCCAAUCUCACCAUGUUAAGGAUCGCCAUGGAAACACUGUCAGAUUUCGAAAUCCCCACCCCUCAUUCUCUUUCCCCGGCCGCCUCCAGAUACUGGAAAUGACAGUAAGAGCACUUACUGGCACGUCGAACUGGCCGACGCCGAGCACGCAAGACAAACUCGUACCGGUCGUAAAACCCGAAUUCCUACCUACUCGCACGUCGUCGUCGAAACUCCGCGCUACGUGGCUGGGCCACUCUUGCUACUACGUAGAAUACCCGUCGGGGCUGCGCGUGCUGUUCGACCCCGUCUUCGAGGAUUGCUGCACUCCCGUCUACUUGUCCAAGUUCAAGCGGUACACCGAGCCGCCGUGCAGCAUCGCCGACCUACCGUUCGUCGACGCCGUCGUCAUUAGCCACAGCCACUACGACCACCUGUCGUACCCCUCCGCCAAGGAGAUCCAGCAGCACCACCCCAACGCGCACUUCUUCGUCGGGCUGGGGCUGGAGAAGUGGUUCAAGGAGGGAGGCUUUAAUAACGUGACGGAAAUGGAUUGGUGGCAGGAAGCAGAGUUCACCUUGACGCCGCAAUCUGCUGAGGGCGAGACCGGCACGAGCAGCUCGGACUCGCCAGGUCCUAUCACCGCAAAGAUAUCCUGUCUGCCCUGCCAGCACGCGUCCGGCCGAGGCAUCCUCGACCAAAACAGCACGCUCUGGGCGUCGUGGGCGGUGGCCUCGGGGUCGCCGGCGAAGUCGGUCUGGUUCGGCGGGGACACGGGGUACCGGGCGGUGCCCAAGCUGCCGGCGGGUACGGACGACUACGGGCCCGAGUACAAGGACCUGCCGCGGUGCCCGCAGUUCCGGCAGAUCGGGGAGCGGUUCGGGUCGUUCGACCUGGGGCUCAUCCCCAUCGGCGCGUACCAGCCGCGCCACCUGUUCUCGGGCGUGCACGGCAACCCGUACGACGCCGUGGAGAUGUUCACCGACACGAGGUGUAAGCGCGCCAUGGCCGUCCACUGGGGCACUUGGGUGCUUACCGCCGAGCCCGUCCUCGAGCCCCCGCAGAUGCUGAGGGAGGCGCUCAGGAGGAAAGGGUUGCCGGAGACGGGCGUUUUUGAUACGUGCAAUGUUGGGGAGAGUCGGGAGUUUUGAGAGGUUCUAAGGUUGUUCCGAUGUGUUUGAAACGUAACUGUAUACCUAUUUCCCUUGAGGAGGGGGGAAGAGAGAAUGGGAGCAGAGCUUGCUAUACAUAGGUACCUACCCGUGUAAUUUUUAAAGUGGUGUAGCUGUGUAACCAACGGGCUAGACGGGGUAGACGGGUAUGUUGGUGUUACCUGGUAGACACGUUUUACGAUGUACGAACACGGUUUUAGAUAGAAUAUAGAAUAAUGACUUACCUACCUAGUACGUGUAGAGACUUUAGUGUAAGAGGUAUA